AUGCUGAAGGUCACAGGUCAGCUCCUGAAGCGGGAGUUCCCGGCACAGCCGGACCUCAGCAGCGAGGAUGGGCAGGAGCACAAUUUGGGACCAGGCAGGACUGUGUGUGCUGUGUGGAGGACCAUUCUGGAGGAGUCGGAGAAACUGGCCAAGGCAAGAUUGCAGGUGGCUGAAGUCUACUCCGAGAGUGCGGCUGAACCCCUGAAGCCAGCAAAGGCAGCAAAAGUCCAGUGUUUUAAGAAGGUCAUGCCCCAGUUGAGUGUCAUCCAUGCAGAAGUGGCCCAGUGUGUCCUGGACCUGGUGAAGACCCAGAAGGCGUACAUGGCUGAAGGUAGUCUUGCUCAUGAGUCCAGGCAGAAGUCAUCUGAUGCCGAGGAUAAAUUGAAAAGAAAAUCCACCGGUAUAUUCCAGUCGUUGGCAAGUUUGCAGAAGUCUUGCUCUAAGUUGCGGGCACGAACAGAAGCCAAUGAAGUGAAGGAAACGGCAGCUAGAAACGAGUAUCUCUUGUCCCUGGCUGCAGCUAAUGCUCACCAGAUUCGCUACUACAGCACAGACUUACCUGAGAUCAUAAAGACACUGGACUGUGAUGUUUAUGAGAAGAUCCAGGAGUCCUUGACUGUGGCAGGCCAGGCGGCAGCAGAAAUUGCUGACAAAGAGGCCACAUUUUUCCACAGUAUUGCCACCGAAGCUGCCAAGAUCUGCCGAGAGUUCAGCCAGCAGUGUUACCUGUUCCAGAACCCUGUGUUCACCAACCUUGUGCAAUAUCAGUUUGAACCAUGCCCUGGCGACACGUGCAAUAAACUGACCAGUGACAACAGUGCAGGACCCGACCUAGAGAAGGAAGCCAGGAAAUGGUCAACCAGAGUGGCCAAGGAGACAAGGGCCAUCAGGGAUUAUUACAGACAGUUGACUGUUCUACAGAGUUCUGAAUCAGGAAACCAGGAUCCGGCAGUUGCCGAUCCAGAGGCUAAACUGGAGGAACUCAAGCAGAGCAUUCGUAAAGCCGAGACGACCAAAUUGAAAGCUGAGGCUCGACUAGAAGCUCUACGCCUUGGUGGAGUCAAUGUUGAUGAGUGGAUCAACCAGGCUCAGAUGGAAUCCCUGGUGGCGGAGGAGAGUGGGCUGGCUAGGACCCCCAGCCAGGUCUCACUGAGAACAGAGAGCUCAGGAGGGCAAAGCGGUAACGACGACCACGAGCCCACCUACACUCACUAUGACGAUGAUGAUGAUUUCAUUGAUGACGCAUUCAACACCACAAGUAGCCGCACUGGGCGGGUUUACCCACUCACGUGUAGCGCCCUCUAUGACUUCCAGGCCAGCAACUACGAUGAGAUGACCAUCAAGGCAGGGGAAAAGUUGGAGCUGGUUGCAGACGGCGAUGGAGAGGGAUGGGUCAAGGCAAAGAAUUUGCUAGGUCAGGAAGGCUAUAUACCAGAAACUUAUGUCAACUUGAGUGGACUGUCAGACACGCCUGCCGCCGUCGCAGUGGAAGCCAUGAAUGCAGUCAAUGAAACCAUCAGCGAAAGUGUCAAACCACCGCCACCACCGGCAGCAGCAGCAUCACCCCAGCAACGACAACAGCCACCACAAGCAGUGCGGGCGUCUAGUCCAGAGCUUCAGUCACCCACCUCUGGGGACUUGCAGCAAGACACAGCUUCGUCUUACUCGUCUGGUGAUCUGGAGGUUCAGCAGACGACCGAGGUCAUGGCCACAGGCAAGCAGCCAUUACCAUCGACUGUGGUCACGAGCACAGGUGAGAAAAUCUCCUGGGCACGCGCUUUAUACGACUACGAAGCACAAACAGAGGAGGAGUUGUCAUUCCUAGAGGGGGCUCUCAUCAGAAUCCUGCGUAAAGAUGAUGGUGGAGUUGAUGAUGGAUUCUGGGAGGGAGAGUGCAAUGGGAAUAUAGGAGUGUUCCCUUCGCUGGUGGUCGAGGAGGUGGUGGGUCCGCCAGAUGACCCACUCUCGCCAGGAAUGAUGUCCGCCCACACAGACUUCUCUGUGCCCCCUCCAGUCCACGUGACGCUGCCAACACCAGAAAAUGAGCCUCCACCACCUCCUUCAGCAUCUAACGGAGAAG